CUGCACGCCGAGCCGCCGUGGGAGCGCGCGGCUGACGGUUUAACGGUCGUUUUUUGACGGUUGGGGGGGAGGAGCCCGAGAGAGGGGGGGGGAGAGGGGGAGAGGGGGGCGAUGAGCAGCUGCUGCGUGUGCGACCAGCGGCCGCCCAGAUACCGCUGCCCCCGCUGCCGGGAGCGCUACUGUUCGGUGGGAUGUUACAAGCGGCACCAAGAUGAUUGCAAACCACAGGAGUCUAAAACCAUUUCAACAGCAUCUGAGGUUUCUCCAGCAUUGAGAGUAUCGCCACAACAUAGCACAGGGCACAGCUGCUCUGCACACAAUGUCCAGGAUGAAAAUGAAGAAUCUGAUUGGGUAGCACAAAAUAAACUGAGUUUAUUGGCAGAUUCAGAGGAGUUGAAGAGUUUGCUCUGCAAUCCUCAUCUCAGAGAUUUGCUGUUGACUGUAGACCAGGCCAGGGACAAAGGAAGUUUAAUGAAGACUGUUAUGCAAGAACCCAUCUUUGUGGAAUUUGCUGAUCAGUGUCUACAGAUCGUUGAACCCAGAAUAAAGAAAACUGAAUUUCUGCAUUGUAAUUAAGACACCCAUGACCAUUUUAUACUAUUAAAUAUACACUUUUUGAAUACA